UUCAUGUGGCUUUUUGUUUAUUGUUAAAACCAAUAGAAAAAAAAAACAAUAAAAUCUUGAAAAUUAGACCGAGUAAAAUUUUAAGCAAUUUUCCCAAUAUUUAUUUUGGAGUGUACACAGAACUUGAGAAAGCAUGUGAUUUAUUCUCGGUGUAGGUACCAGUUUUUGCGGUGUCUCACAUCUGUCAACUGCAGGUGUUGCUUUUGUUAUUUUACUCGAGAUAACGUAUUUCAACUCUAAAUUCUUCAAAUAUUCAGAACGGAAAUCCAGCUGAAGUAACUUAGAACAAUCACCAACUUCAUCAACAUUCACCAUGGAUAACCUGGAUGAUUGUGAGAAUAAAGAAUCUAUCCAUUCACUUAUUAAGAAGGAGGAUGGCUAUUUCCAUGAAAGCUAUUGGGAGUUACCAAUAGAGGCAACUGAAGAGCUCGAGAUAAAAGAUGAACACAAUAGUUGUGUUGACACUAUUUCUGUUACACCAACCGAUGAACCCUGUGAUAAAAUGUUCGAUGCGGCGAUAGCCCUUAGUGGGCAUAAAAGCAGAUGUACAGGAAAACCUGAAAAUGCGUGCGAAAUCUGCGGUAAACAUUUUGAAAAUAAACAGCUUCUAAAUACUCAUGAGAAAGUACAUGAAAGAGAGCACUAUAAUUAUGAAACCUGCAACCGGGUUUUCUUCGCCGAAGCAGGUGUAACAAAUCAGGAUGAAGAUACGGAAGUCUACCACACUGUAAAACUUUCCAUAUGUGAGAUAUGUGGUAUGGAAUUUAACACGAAGUAUGAUUUAGAAAAGCAUCUCGCGUUGCACCAAAAACCAGUCAUCCCGUCCUCUUCUGUCGCGUGUAAAGCUUCUGUUAGUAGUGUUCAGGAUUCUGGCGAUUCUUGUGUGCCACUCAGUUCCAAAACCAUUCGACGGCCGUAUGUUUGCAAUGUUUGUGGUAAAUGUCUCGAUGCACCAUGCAGUCUGAAGCGUCAUGCUGUUAAGCAUUCCGACGUGAAACCUCACGAGUGCAAUAUAUGCUCUAAACGGUUUGCUCAUGUAUAUUAUUUGCGUAAACACAUGCGCCUGCAUAUUGCCGAAAGGAAAUUUAGUUGCGAUAUUUGCGGUAAGAGCUAUUAUGCUCCAUGCGACCUGCAGAGACAUUAUGACGUGCAUACUGGCAAAAGGUCGCACGUAUGUACGAUAUGCUGUAAGGCAUUUUUUAGAAGUGACCAACUGAAAACGCACAUGCAAACCAACCACACGGAAAAACUAUGCAGGUGUAGGACUUGUGGCAUGGAAUUCAAUACUAAGUAUGAUCGAAAAAUGCAUAUAUUAGGUAUUCAUAGCGUCCAACCCGAAACUUCUGACCCUUUGGAGCCAACUUAAUGAGCUUCGUUCGCAAUGCACCAUUGCCUUUAAUGGCACCUUGAUCAAGGGUUCGAUUUGCUUCAUUAUACGAUAUGUAAAUAAAAGUAAUUUAAACCAACCAAAAGCAGUUUAUAGUAGUAAUUAAGAUCGACACUAGUUUAGUAAAUUAUAGUAAAAUCACUUAAAAUAAUUUCUAACAAAAAGUUUCAAGAUGAAACUCAUAGUUUAAUAUUUUGGACAUUUGUUAUUUGUUAGGUUAGCAUACGUAAAUUCUUAAAGAAAAUUACA